CAUCAUCAUCACCCUAGGUUCAAUCUGAUUAGUAAAUUACAUCAUCAUCACCCUAGGUUCAAUCUGAUUAGUAAAUUACAUCAUCAUCACCCUAGGUUCAAUCUGAUUAGUAAAUUACAUCAUCAUCACCCUAGGUUCAAUCUGAUUAGUAAAUUACAUCAUCAUCACCCUAGGUUCAGUCUGAUUAGUAAAUUACAUCAUCAUCACCCUAGGUUCAAUCUGAUUAGUAAAUUACAUCAUCAUCACCCUAGGUUCAGUCUGAUUAGUAAAUUACAUCAUCAUCACCCUAGGUUCAGUCUGAUUAGUAAAUGA